UCCUAGCUGAGGGAGUGACAGAUGAUCAAACACUUAGUCAACUUCUAUUUUUCUUUAGCUGUGUUUGAUUUGGAUGCAAAGGUCUGGAAAAUGCAUGCUUGCUAUUUAAUGGAAAUUUUGUCCGUUUAUCUGCUUGGACUAUUACACCUUCAUGCAUUCAAUUUUGAUGCAGAAAACCCAAUCAUUUAUUCGGGGCCUGAAGGAAGUUUUUUUGGAUUUUCUGUCGAGUUCUACUUGCCAGAUGGUGGGAAUCCAGGUGUGCUGAUUGGUGCCCCCAAGGCAAAUACUACACAAGAAAACAUAAUAGAAGGUGGAGCAGUGUUUCUCUGUCCUUGGUCAAGUAAUGGAAGUCACUGCAACAUAAUACCAUUCGACACGGAGGGUGACCGACAUAUUCACAGUGUCAUAGAAGACAUAAAAGAGUACAAAUCCCACCAAUGGUUUGGGGCUACAGUUAAAUCACUCAAGGACCAAGUUUUGGCCUGUGCUCCCCUGUACCACUGGAAAUAUUCACGGACCAUCAACUCCAAGGUCGAGACUGGUGGAGUGACGCCAGUGGGCACGUGUCUAAUAGCAGUUCAAAACUUCAGGAGCUACGCAGAAUAUUCACCCUGUCGUUCCGAUAUUUUGCAAUGGCAGUUUAAUAUAUCAAACAUCGCAGAUAAGCGUUUUUGUGAGGCCGGCUGGAGCAGUGUAAUCACGGAGGCAGGAGACAUACUACUUGGUGCACCUGGCAGCUACUUCUGGCAAGGUCAGUUAUUUGCUACCAGCAACAUUGACAUGAUUGUCAAGAAUUACCAACGUGAUCAGCCUCUGAGAUCACUAGGAUUAACGAAAGAAACAAAAGAUGCCAGAGGGAGAAAAGAUAACCAUUUUGAAGGUUACUCACUCGCUAUGGGGGAGUUUACAGGAGACUCUGUUAAAGAUUAUCUUCUGGGAGCUCCCAGGGCAAAACACGCAUUGGGAUCGAUCGUUAUUAUAGAUUCUGUGACCAUGAUGAGCAAACAAACUAUUGCUGGCGAACAGGUAGCUGCGUACUUCGGCUAUGUGGUGGCUGCCACAGAUAUAAACAGUGAUGGGAGAGACGAUAUCUUAGUCGGAGCGCCUCUAUUUAUGAACCUUGGACAGGAUGGCAAACAGCGUGAGGUCGGGCGGGUUUACGUUUAUCUCCAAGACCAGCUUGAAAACUUCAAGCAGCCAACGCAGACCAUCACGGGAACUGAUAAGUUUGGGCGCUUUGGCAGUGCCAUCACCAUCCUUGGGGACCUUGACUCUGAUGGAUACAAGGAUGUGGCGAUCGGAGCACCAUAUGCUGGUGAAGAUGGCAAUGGAAGAGUGUUCAUUUACCUGGGCCAUGCUAAUGGACUGCUCUCAAAAUCUUACCAAGAGCUGAAGGGAACCUGGGCCCCUGGUUUAGUAUCAGCAGGAUUUGGCUUCUCGCUGCAAGGAGGCGCAGAUAUAGAUGCAAAUAACUACACCGAUUUGAUUGUUGGUGCUCAUGAUGUUGACAAAGUUCUACUGUACAGAGCAAGGCCUGUUAUAACAGCAAACGCCCAUAUCAUACUUGUGCCUGACAUUCUAAAUCCAGAAGAAAAAAAAUGCGUAUUGUCACAGAAAUCUACCUUAGUGACAUGUCUUGAGGUUCGGGUUUGUGUAAUGGUAAAAGGACAUGACAUUGGCCAAUUUGUUUUGAAUGGUCAAAUCGAGUUGGACAAAAAUAAGCAGCGUUCCCAGCGACGAAUCCUUUUCCUGCAAUCAUACCAAGCCCAGAAAAAUUUCCAGUUUUCUCUGAUGAGAAAUAAACAAGCAGCCUGCCAAAACUUCACUGCCUACCUCAGGCAAGAAACGGAGUUUAAAGACAAGCUGAGUCCAAUUGUUGUGACUGUGAACUGCAGUCUGUCUGAGGAGCAACAGCUGGAUUCUGGCAAACUGAAGCCAGUGCUGAGUCCCCGCAGUCAAACCUGGGUAACUAAAAAGACUCGCAUUCUUCUGGACUGUGGAGAUGAUGGAAUAUGCAUCCCAGAUCUCAAAUUAAAUGCAACAGUAGAUAAGACCCACUUGAUUGCUGGAGACUCAAAUCCACUCACUGUGACUAUCACUGCAGUCAAUAAUGGAGAAGGAGCCUAUGAAACAGAACUUCACAUUCCCAUCCUUCCACAAGUAGACUUCAACAAAGUUGUGCAGGACAGUAAGGGCACUACGAAGCUGAGCUGUAACGUGCAGGCGGAGAAUGCCACAAAAACUUUGAUCUGUGACCUCGGUAAUCCUAUGAAAAGUGGUGCACAGAUAUCGGCAAGGUUCCAUUUCAUGGUUCACAACUUGGACCAGGUGGAGAACAUCACGCUCAGCAUGCAGAUUAAAAGUAAAAACAUACAAAAUUCCAGCAGUGAGGAGAUCUAUUUGACGUUCCCUGUUCAAGUUGUGACCCAGAUUUAUCUAACAGGGGCUUCACUACCUGAGAACAUUGUCCUCCCCUAUGUUGAUCUCGAGUCACCUGCAGAUCUAGAAGUGAAGAAUGAGUCUCUGCCAAUGAUACAACACACCUAUGAGCUACAUAACAAUGGUCCAUCAGCAAUUAGUGAUGCUGUACUUGAAAUUGACUGGCCUGCAGCUUUCCUUGGUAACAGUUUACUGUUCAAAUCGAAGAUCAUUCCAUGGGGCCAAAUCAAAUGCACAGUGAAAGCUUCCAAUGCUGAAAAUUGGAUAGAAACAAUGAGUACAAUGAGUCCAUUGUCUGUAACUACUGAGAACUCCCGACAUAACAUAAAUAAAAGAGAUGUCAGCAAGGUGGAAAAUACAACGGAGGAGAUCAUCUUUAAUUUGACUUGCACCACGGUGAUCUGUGUGAAAAUUAUGUGUCGCGUGGGACUUCUGGAGAAAGAGAAGCGAGCUGUGGUAAACAUAAACUCUCAGCUCAGGAUGGAGUUCUUUGUGCAGAACCGUAAUAAACAGUUUACAUUCCAGUCCAAAGCAUCAUACAUUGUGCAAGAAGUGCCAUACAAAGUACAGCCUGUAGAAUUUCCCAGUAACAAUACGAUGGUAGUAACUCAAAUUGGCCGCAGUGGUCCUGAGGUUGUUUUACCCAUACCUGUCUGGUGCAUUAUUGUUGCUGUUCUUGGUGGUCUGCUCCUUGUGACUCUGAUGGUAUUCAUCCUUUGGAAGUGUGGAUUUUUCAAACGGAAACUGCCACCAACUGAAAGGGAAGAGUUGCUGUAACAUGUAACCCACUCCUAUCCUCCUCAAGAAACUGCAGCCUCUCCAAGUCUUAUUACAACUCAUGGAGUCAAAUUCCACUUUGGUCUUCAGGUGCACAUGGGAAGCUUGCUGUUGUCUGAUUUUUCACCAUUAAUAUCAGAAAAAAAUUGCAGGAAAGGCAAUCCUCAUGUAUCCAUUAGGAUCUUCCAUGAGUUGAGUUUUCUACUGACGACUUGUGUUGAAAAUGGUUCCUGUCAUAUUUUCAAUUCUGUGAACAGUUUUAAAAAUAUCUGUUAAUCUUGUAAAAUCUUUCGGCCCGGAUUAUAUAUCAAGCCAAUCGAGAAGUGAGAGCAAUGGUAACCUCACUGGACUAGUAACAUAGGGGUCCAGACUCAUUCUUUGGAGAGAUGGGUUCAUCACAAUGCCGCCUCAUCAGCAGAUGGAGUGCAAGUGCAAUCAAUAAAAGUCUGGAAUUGAAAGCUAGUCUCAGUGAUGGUAACCAUGAAACUCCAAUAAAUUGGUGUGAAAAGCUCAUCUGAUUCAUUAUUGUCCUUAAGGGAAUGAAAUCUACUGUCCUAACCUGGUCUAGCCCUACGUUUAACUCCAGAUCAAGAGCAAUAUGGUUGACUUCAAAAUGGCCUUGUAAACCAGGGCGUUCAAGAGUAAUUAGGGGUUAGGUAACAACUGCUCACUAAAACCCACAAAAGGAAUUUUAUAAAACUCUGGAAGUGAGCAAUUUUCUGAAGUAAACCAUUGUCCCAGAGCAGGCAGAUAGUAAUCACAUCCUUCAUAGUGUUAUGACGCUAGACCAGAUUUAGCUCAGGCUUGUUUUGCCGUACAUAACGGGGAGAAUUGAUUUAACCAUGAUUAAUUGGCAAAAUUAUAAAUGUAUCCAGCCCCUUCCCAUUCUAUUCUUCUCACUCUUUUGCUUUGACCAUCACAACUGGUCCUUUAUCCAGUGCACUCUACCUUGUUUCUCCAUUAGCCAAAGGCAAGCAGCCCUUCUAGCAUUUCAGUGCCUGGAUCUAGUAUAUUAUCAAACUAGAGAUUCACACUAGGUUAUCUCAACUUAUAUUGUAUAAGUUGCCAUAUCUCAUAGCUUCUGAUUUUCCCAAAUAUUAUGCUUAAACAAAUUGCAACUUGAGCCAUAUAGUCAUAUAGCAUGGAAACAGGCCUUUGGUCCCACUUGGUCCAUCUGACCAAGUUUCCCAAGCUGAACUAGUCCCUUUGCCUGCAUUUGGCCCAUAAUACUCUAAACCUUUCCUAAAAACGUUUUUUUUAAUGUUGUAACUGUACCUUCCUGUACCACUUCCUCUGACAGUUCAUUCCACAUAUGAACCACCUUCCAUGUGAAAAAGAUAUCCCUCAGGUACCAUUUAUAUAUUUCUCCUCUCACCUUAAAAAUAUAUCCUCUAGUUUUGAACUCCCCUACCAUAGGGAAAAGAAGUUUGCUCUUCAUUUUAAAUAUGUCCCUCAUGAUUUUAUAAACCUCUCUAAGGUCACCUCUCAAACUCCUACUUCCAGCAAAAAAAGUCCAAGCCUAUCCAGCCUCUCCUUAUAACUCAGACCCUCCAAUCCCAGUAACAUCUUUGUAAAUCUAUUCUACACCCUCUCCAGUUUAACAAUGUCCUUCCUAUAGCAGGGCAACCAAAACUGCCCAUUGUUAUAUCUGCAUUUUAAAGUUGUAUUUGCUAUGAAUGCACCUUUCUCUUGGGUUUUAUCUUUAAAAAGGAUUUCAGGUUAGUUUCCCCAAUGGUUGAGCAGUUAAAGGUAUUUUCCAGUGUGACAUUAAGCUUCAUGGAAAGGUCUCAUGUCUCUGAUGAUCUUGGCUAGCUAUUACAAUAGCUCUCCCUUCCUGUUUAGGAAUGAACAAUCUGAAUUAUGAGGAAAGCUAUCAUCAAAUGCUUUUCAAUGAAUUUCUAACUGGGAGCUGUGCAAGGACUUGGUCAUUCCAUUGGUUAAUGGGUUAAAUUUUGAUUUUGAAAUUGGCAUAAGGUAAAUCAACCAUUGGCAUAAUGAUCUUGGCCUCCUGCAGUGAAAGUAUCAAGGAAAAUAUUCUGUCUUCACCUGAGUAUAUUUUUCUCUCUCCAUCUUCUUCCCCAAGACAAAUUCCUUUUUCUUUCUCUCCAUUUCUGAAAUCAAUUUGAGGGACAUCAAGAAAGAGCAUUGAAUUAGUUGGCUAUUAUUUUUUUAAUUACAGGAACUGGAAGAGGCCAUUCAGCCCCUUAAGGCUACCUAGUCAUUCAGUAUGAUCCUGGGUGAUCAAACACUUUGGUGCCUUUUACAUACACAACCCCUCUAACCUUGUGUACCACUAGAAAGGAACAUAUAAUGAAUGAACAUUGCAAAAUCCACAAAACUUUGCCAUCGCCUGUAAAUAAAUAUUGUUAGAUUCAACUUAAAGUGCUAUACAAAAAUAAGAUUUUAUUUUUGAAGUUAAAUAUGACUCAUCUACUUAGCAUGAUUGCAUACUAUGUUUUCUAGGGAUUGUAAAAUUCCACCUGACUUCUUCAGUCUGAAUAAUAAAAUUUAAUUGAUGUUAAUGAUUCCACGUGUCAUAGUAGCACCCUCCUCAAAUUGAGUUAAGUUACAAUAGACAGAAGCGCCCACAAAAAAAAUGGAUGAAAGAAGUUUUAUGCUAUUUUUCAAGCUUUGAACUAUCAAGCCAUGCAGUAGCACAGCUCUGAAUAUUUAAAGAUUGAUAUUGCCAGUGAGUCUUUCUGGUAUGGAGCCCUCGAGCAAGUACAAAUGAGGAAACCAAUUUGAUUGAUUGAAAGAGACAACAUAUUAACUGAAUUUAUAUAUUUCUCCUUAUAUCAUUAGGAUCUUCACUUUGGUUCCAUUUGAUUUUAGCUCUUCACAGGCUCACCCAUGUCCUAGUUCAUCAUGCUGAAGAGUAGAUAUUAGAUAGGCUAUUUUAGGAGGUGCAAUCUUGUUUAAGCAGAGCCUCAGAGAAUCAUAUAGCAUGAAAACAGGACCCUUCAGUCCAAUUAGUCCACAUUGACUGUGUUUCCAAACUAAACCAGUCCCAUCUGCCUGCAUUUGGCCCAUAUCCUUCCAAACCUUACCUCUUCAUGUACUUAACAAAAUGUAUUUUAAAUAUUGUAACUGAACCUGCGUAAUGCUUAUGUCGAAUGCAUACACUUCUCCCUGGAAAUCAGAAACAAGACUCCUGAUUUAAAGUUGAGAACUCCUGGCUGCUUUCCUUUCUUCUUCACAUCAAAAGAAGUGAUAAUAUUGAAGUAUCCACUAACAUCCCUGGAUGACAUCAACUGACCGAAGAGAGACAACAGGCUUGAUUUUCAUGGAAAUCAGCAGUCAGGAAUUUCUUGAUAACUGCAUUAUUGUAAUGCCCACUCAAGACAUCUUUAUGGUGGGUUGGCAGAAAAGGACUGAGUCCAGGUCUGCUGUUUUCCACAGCAGUCUUGAGGCAGGGCAGAGGUAGGUCAAUGCCAAUGCCAUCAGUUUAAAAGGGCUACCUCAAUACACUGGGACAUCGGCCCAGUUCUGAUGACGAGUGGAAGUCUCAUUGUCUCCAUAAUCCCCUCAAUCCCCGUACAUACCCAUUACACCUUUUAACAACCGUAUUACCGAUUCCACAAGUAACUACUACGAACAAAACUUCCAAGCCACUUAAUAACACAAAGCACCUAAAUCUGUCAAAAUAUUCCAAACCACUGAAAGCAUAUGAUUUGAGAGUUUUUAAAAUGUUUCUUAGCUUCAUGAAAGGCACAGCCUGAAAGUUGACAUAAUUGGAAAUUGAAUGACAUUUAUUUUGUUGCUGACUUCUGUUAAAGUGUUUGAUAAGAAGCUCAAGUCCCAUUCACUUCUUAGAAUGCUAAAUGUAUUAUGCAGCAAGGCAAAGACCAGAAACGUCCCCAGUUCAAUCCUUAGAUUAUGCUAAGUAAGCUCAUGUAAGCCAGGCUGACAGUAGACGGAGAAAAACAUCUUUAGGUGAAGAAUCAGUCAGGAUUUUUGCACUAGAUUGAUAAACCAUGGCCUUAGUUAGAAUAUGUUUGAACAUUGUGAGAGGACAAUUGCUAGGUUAAAUGUAGUGCCUCUUGGAGCUGAAUGGCCUGCUGACUCUUUCAAGAUUCUGACAGGAAUGGGUGUCAUAAACAUUGUAGGACAACUGAUAACUCUCCCUGUUUUGAGUUCCUAUUCUUUCUCACUCAUUUGCUUUUGCUUGAAAGUUAAAAAUAAUUUAAGAUACUGUUUCUUCUGGAGAUUUUUAAAAGAUUCUGGUGUUUUCUGGCAAUAGCUUGUCCUCUGGGUCCGUGAUUUAUUAAUAUACGUAUAUUAUUACCAGCUUGAUGCAAAUUACAGCUUUGCUUUCAUCUCUAAGCAGAAUAAAAACUGCAUGAGACAUAUCAGAAAUGUCUGUAUUUAUCACAUGUAAGAUUUAAUGAAGCAAAUUUUGACUUCUCACAGAAAUCUGAGAAUUCUAAAACUUCUGCUCCCAAGCUACAGUCUCCACACCCAUAGUCCAUUUCCUCAGAGCAAUGGCAAUACCCCCACGCUAUUAAUCCAGUCCUACAACAUCGUAGAAGAGGAAACAUAUUCAAAUAAAAAGAAGAUGGUUUUAAUGUUUUCCAAAAGUGAGAAGAUUUCAUGUUCCAGCAUACUAUCUGCUUUUGAUUCACCAACAAAAUGCCGGUAAUGAGUGCCUUAUACUGCAAAACUGCAAUGAAUGCGUUCGUAUCCCAUUACCACAACAGUCUUCUUUACUGAAUGUUGAUAAUAGCAAACUCAGGAUGGCAAAUAUUUACUUUUUUGUGAAGCACAGAGUCUAUCCUAAUACUCACAUUCCCAAGGACACUCGUUCCAUCAAAACAUGCAAAUACAGGCCAUUCAUCUUCAAUGAACAGAUUUUAAUUCUUGUCAUAUGUCUUGUCCUACACAGCAUUUUGCAGCUGUUGUCAUCAUCUGUUCAGCCCAAUACAGAGUCCCAGUGGACAGCACAGGCUGUCCACCGCAGAUAAAAUGGGAUAUACCAGACCUCACCCAUGAUUCCACAUAAACAGGAUUGUUUGACCUGCGCUCCAGAUCCACCUUUUGUUUAUCCAAACUCAAUCAUUUGCUGGAGCUAGGAACAAAGAUGUGUUGCAUAGCAAUCUCUCACAGCAUGCCAAUGUGUAUUUAUUUAUAGCACAUUACAACAGAGCUUAAUUUUACCUUAUACUGCUAAUGGAUCUAUUCCACUUAAAAAGAAUUAAAGAGGGAUAAUGGUCUUCUAUUGUCCUACAUGGCCAUUUGUAAAUAUUUGGUGUUUUAAUAAUGUAGGGAAUCUCUGUAAGUGAUAUUUGUGUGACAAUGGAUGUAAGUACACUAACAAUAUAUUACUGUAGUAAAUCCAGUGUUCUCAGUCGGA